AGCCGCCGCACUCACGGGCUCACUCAUCAUUAGUUUAAGUGUGAGGCCGCGGCGUGCAUCGGCGCCGGAGGUGCGCCGCUCACCCCGCCUCUCCGCUCGUCCCGCCCGCCGCGGCCGAUGACCGCCCCACCCGAGACCGCGGCCACUCGAAAAAACGGCGGCGAUGAGGAGGCCCGGCCCUUGGCGCAGACCCGCGCUCCCGAGCGGCGGCGGCGUCGGAUCCGACCGCCUCGCGGGGCCAGCCCUCCCGUCCGCGCCGCGCCGCGUCGCCGCCGGCAUGGAGGCCCGUGCUCGGGCAGCCUCCGCGGCGUCGUCGGCGUCGGUGCGGCGGCGGGGUCUUUGGGUACCGCGUGGCGGUGGACCGGCGCGGCUUCCGGUCGAGGGUUCCGGCGACGCCAAGCCGUAGAUCUGAGCCGCCGUCUGCACCUCGUUUCCUCCAUGUUUCGAUCUGGAUUAUAUAAACGAGAGAGAAAACUGGCUCCAGAAGUUCUUGUAACCCAGCUCAAGUGGUUUCAAGCAUUGCUUGGUGCAUCUAUAUGUAAGAAUUCACGGAUCGUGGAGUAUCAGGUAGAGCUGGAUUUAAAUUCCUUCAUGAGCCCCAGCAUAAAGAGUGAUAAAAAGAUUCUAUCAACAAGAGAGAAGAGGCUCUAGAAGUUCCUGUAACCCAGCUCAAGUGGUUUCAAGCAUUGCUUGGUGCAUCUACAUGUAAGAAUUCACGGAUCGUGGAGUAUCAAUUAGAGCUGGAUUUCAAUUCCUUCAUGAGCCCCCUGCAUAAAGAGUGAGUCCUGUUUCUUCUCUUUUGAUCAAAUUCACCAUGCAGCCAAGUAUAUGACUGAUGCAUAAUAUGUUGCUUCAGCGACCUGAAAAAUAUGAUUUGUAUGGAGUUGUACAA